AUGGACCAGGCUAGAGGCAGCAGCAAUGGUGGUUAUGGACCUCGCCCUCCUCCGUACAGCCCCCACUACGAUGGACCCAGUUCUUACACAGGGAUGAGUUAUGAGGUCACUGUGUUGUUGUUGGUUUGGACGAGCCAGGUGGGGAAGGAGAACGUUGCAGUGGUCUCCCCUCCUGUCACCUACGACAACAUGGUCCACCCUGUGAACGUGGCAGCAGCCGGAGGCGAGCAGCAGUACGGCCAAGCUCCACCCGACUACUCCCAAGGCUUGGAGGAGAGCGCCUUCAGCGACGCAGCCAUACGAAGAGGUUUCAUAAGGAAAGUCUGCUUAACCUUGAUGCUUCAGCUGCUGGUGACUAUCGGGAUCAUCUGCACUUUUCUUUACUGGGACGCUCUCAGGGAAUGGACGUUGGACACUUACUGGUUCUCCUUCUCCAUGAUGGCGGUGGUGCUUGUGCUCAUCUUGGUCUUAUCCUGCUGUGGCAACCUCCGUCGUCAAGUCCCCCUCAAUUUCAUCGCCCUGGGCCUGUUUACUGUUGCAGAGGGCCUGAUGCUUGGCUCCGUGGCAGCGUACUUUGAAGCCGAAGCAGUUCUGUGGGCUGUGGGGGCAACGGCGCUGGUGUCCUUCUCCUUGACUCUGUUCGCUGUGCAGUCAAAGUGGGACUUCACCGCAGCGAGCGGGAGCCUGUGGGUGUUUGCCUGGACCCUCUUUUCGUUUGCAUUGCUUUGCGCAAUGCUCCGGUCGCAGUAUCUUUACAUCCUAUACGCCUCCCUGGGAACCUUGCUGUUUUCUUUAUAUUUGGUGUUUGAUAUCCAGCUCAUCCUGGGUGGGAAACACAGGAAGUAUGAAGUCUCUCCCGAGGAAUAUGUGUUUGCUGCUCUCAACCUCUAUUUGGACAUCGUCUUCCUGUUCCUCCUCCUGCUGCAGCUCAUCGGGCUGUGCCGCUAA